AUGCGUGCUCUUUCCUCUAUGGCAGCCCACUCUUCACUCUUUAGUGCUUCCUUUGGCAAUAUUUGUCUACUCGCACCGACGCAGGCGACAUUUCGCUGCGCGAAGUAUUCUCUCAGUUUCUUUUCAUCUACACCACUUGUCGGCAAUAAAGGGAUGUGUCCUAGCGGCCCUUGCAUCGCCUUGACGAAGUCGACGCCACCCAACAAGUUGACCGGGAACACUUUGACCAGCAUCGCCCCAGCUGCAUACGCAUUGUAUAUCUCCGUGGGUGUCGCAGCACCCGGAACAGCCAGCAUCCCAGCAUUGUGUAUUUCAGAGAUGAUAGCGGCGUCGGUAACUGGCGAGAGAGCAAACCUUGCUGAGGCCGCGGCAGCAGCAGACACGUCGGCCGGGGUGAGAACUGUACCAGCGCCGAUAAGAGCGGAGGGAAAGUUUGUGUUGAGAGUGCGAAUGAUAGAGGGUGCAGAGGGAGUCGUCAAGGCGAUCUCUAUGCAGCGAAUCCCACCGCGAAUUGCGGCUGAUGCGGCGGAUAUGGCAGUGGAGGGAGAAUCCAUGCGCACACAGAGCAUUAUUGGAGAUGAGCGAAGGAUGGCUAGCGUUUCUGAAAGAGGGUUGUGUAGCGGACGGAAAUUUGAGCAAUUUGCGUCAGGGGAGUGUGGACCCGAUGGGAUUCUGGGCGGGUUGUGUAACACCAUUCUCGUGGGUGUUGGGCGUCGUGGAUGGCGAUUUGGUUGCGGGGUGUCGGUGAUGCAAAAGGGGAGUAGGGGGGCGAUGAAUCCUAGGUGCAUUGUAGGGAGGGGCCUGAGCGGGUGCUCCUGCUGUGGUGGAAAUGUCCUGCUGAAGAAGGUGGAUGAGCAAGCAAGUAGGGUGAAUAUUCACGAGUUUGACAUCCUUGAGUGCUCUGGCAUGGCCAGGGCAUGGGUGAUCAGUGAAUGA